AUGUGGUUCAUCGCUCAGGAUGAUGCUAAAGUCGAUUUUGCGAUUUACUCAUGUGAUACAUACAAGGAUAUGGGAACUUACAAUUUCUAUGGAUGUCAUGAAGAUGUGUGUCACAUCAUAUAUUUCCCUGCCAGUGGAAAAGAUUAUGAGGUACCGCGUUUUCGGAGAACCAUCACGACCUCGGAAGGGUCUAUUGUUUACUUCAACGAGUAUUGUGGUAAUGGAAACCGCACAUUACGGAUUUGGAGGCUGGUCAAGUACACUGAAAUUGGUCCUAAGGCGUGGCAGCUCUUUUGGGAAGUCAAGUUGGUGUCUUUGACCAAGCUAGGUAUCAGUUAUUUCUCGGUGGUGAUGCAUCCUUUAAACUGUGAGAUCAUAUACUUGUGGAGCAGAAACAAGAAAGGUAUGUUGUUGUUUAACUUGAGGACUAAAGUGUUUAGUCUACACAAGGAAACUGACGACGCUCGUAAGUGUAUGGAUGGUUGCAUAUUGAGUUUUAACAGUUGCAGGGAGUAUAUGGAGAACGUUUCUAAUUACUUUCUCCCUUCGUUUCAAGGUGGUUCUAACCAUCUCCUUGCUUCACAGUUUGUUCUCCCUCGUUGGCUGCACUAUCUCCCCCGUCCGAAGCCUUCUUGA